AUGCAGGUCCCACGCUUCCGAUCUCUUUCGCCAUCGCUUCCCCAGCUCGUCGCCUUCAAGACCUCAGCCCGAUGCCUUCGCGACCCCAGCCCGUCGCCUUCGCUCCGUCCGUCGCCUUCGCUCUCCACGCAUGUCGCCUUCACUUCCCCUCCCCCGUCGCCUUCACUUCCCCUCCCCAAUCGCCUUCACUCUCUUCCCCCCCGUCGUGACCUUCACUUCCCCUCCCCCGUCGCCUUCACUUCCCCCCCACCCCGUCGCGCUCAAUUCCCCCUCCCGUCGCCUUUCCCGCCCGUCGCUCUCGCUUCCCCCGCCCGUCACACUCGCUUCCCCGCCAGUCGCACUCGCUUCCCCGCCAGUCGCACUCGCUUCCCGCCCGUCGCCUUCACUACCUCUCCCAUUGCCGUUCACUCUCUCCUGCCCACGCUCUCCCCCCCGCUCACUCUCUGCACAACCCUUCCCCUCUCUUCUCUCCUGUACACUCCCUUUCCCCCUGUUCUCACCCCUCUCUUUCCCCCUUCACUCAACCCUUUCCCUCUGCUCACUCUCCUCCCCCCUGCUCACUCCCUUCCCCCCUGCUCACUCUCUUCCCCCCUGCUCACUGCUCACUCUCUUCCCCCCUGCUCACUCCCAUGCUCACUCUCUCCCCCCCUGCUCACCCCCUUCUCCCCCCUGCUCACUCUCUUUCCCCUUUUGCUCACCCCUCUGCCCCGUCCACAUCCAACCCUCGCUUAUCUGCCAAACCCCCUCUUCCCUCCCCGUUCUAUCACAGAACCAUGCUUAGACAGUCGCCCGCGCUUUCCCACGUCAACCACACAUCCCCUCGUCGCAAUUGCUGAUAGUAAACAUACCGCGCUUCAGAUCGUCACCCGCGCUCCCCUCAUCACCCUCGUCGACCCGCACCGAUCCUCGCCGUCCUCACCUCCCUUAGUCACCCACAUUCCCUCUCGUCGCUCGCGCUUCCCCUCAUCACCCUUGCCGACCCUCGCCGCCCUCGCCUCCCCUCGUCGCCCGCGCGUCCCGUCGUCGGGCUUGCCUCCCAGUCACUCGCGCUUCCCCUCGUCAUCCGCGUUUCCAUCCGCUCUUCCCCUCUCCCCAUCUCACCAUCUCCAGCCCGCCCUUCCUCCCUCAUUCCUUCCAAAGGGGUGGGACAGAUGGGGAGGAACAGAUGGGGAGGAACAGAUGGGGAUGAACAGAUGGGGAGGAACAGAUGGGGAGGAACAGAGGUGGUCGCUUCCGCCACCACAAUCGAACAGCGUUUUGAUCCCCUCUCUGCUCCCCACCAUCCUCCCCCCAACUCUCUCCCCGGCAUCUGCCCCCGUUCCCCCAUCCUCUUCCCUGUUUCCCCGUAUCCCCUGCCGUGCUUCCCCCGAUCCUAUCCCCUCUUACCCCGUAUCCCCUGCCCUGCUUCCCCCCAUCCCUUCCCUGCUUCCCCCCACCCCCCUCCCUGUUUCCCCCCAUCCCCUUCCCUGUUUCCCCCCAUCCCCUUCCCUGCUUCCCCCCAUCACCUUCCCUGCUUCCCCCCAUCCCCUCCCCUGCUUCCCCCCAUCCCCCUCCCUGUUUCCCCCCAUCCCCUUCCCUUCUUCCCCCAUCCCCUCCCCUGCUUCCUCCCAUCCCCUUCCCUGCUUCCCCCCAUCCCCUUCCCUGCUUCCCCCCAUCCCCUCCCCUGCUUCCCCCCAUCCCCUUCCCUGCUUCCCCUCAUCCCCUUCCCUGCUUCCCCCCAUCCCCUCCCCCCCCAUCCCCCUCCCUGCUUCCCCCCAUCCCCUUCCCUGCUACUUCCCAUCCCUCCCCCUGCUUCCCCCCAUCCCCUUCCCUGCUUCCCCCCAUCCCCUUCCCUGCUUCACCCCAUCCCCUCCCCUGCUUCACCCCAUCCCCUCCCCUGCUUCCCCCCAUCCCCCUCCCUGUUUCCCCCCAUCCCCUUCCCUUCUUCCCCCCAUCCCCUCCCCUGCUUCCUCCCAUCCCCUUCCCUGCUUCCCCCCAUCCCCUUCCCUGCUUCCCCCCAUCCCCUCCCCUGCUUCCCCCCAUCCCCUUCCCUGCUUCCCCCCAUCCCCUCCCCCCCCAUCCCCCUCCCUGCUUCCCCCCAUCCCCUUCCCUGCUACUUCCCAUCCCUCCCCCUGCUUCCCCCCAUCCCCUUCCCUGCUUCCCCCCAUCACCUUCCCUGCUUCCCCCCAUCCCCUCCCCUGCUUCCCCCCAUCCCCCUCCCUGUUUCCCCCCAUCCCCUUCCCUUCUUCCCCCCAUCCCCUCCCCUGCUUCCUCCCAUCCCCUUCCCUGCUUCCCCCCAUCCCCUUCCCUGCUUCCCCCCAUCCCCUCCCCUGCUUCCCCCCAUCCCCUUCCCUGCUUCCCCCCAUCUCCUUCCCUGCUUUCCCCCAUCCCCUUCCCUGCUUCCCCCCAUCCCCUCCCCUGCUUCCCCCCAUCCCCUUUCCUGCUUCCCCCCAUCCCCUCCCCUGCUUCCCCCCAUCCCCCUCCCUGCUUCCCCCCAUCCCCUUCCCUGCUACUUCCCAUCCCUCCCCCUGCUUCCCCCCAUCCCCUUCCCUGCUUCACCCCAUCCCCUCCCCUGAUUCACCCCAUCCCCCUCCCCUGCUUCCCCCCAUCCCCCUCCCUGUUUCCCCCAUCCCCUUCCCUUCUUCCCCCCAUCCCCUCCCCUGCUUCCUCCCAUCCCCUUCCCUGCUUCCCCCCAUCCCCGUCCCUGCUUCCCCCCAUCCCCUCCCCUGCUUCCCCCCAUCCCCUUCCCUGCUUCCCCUCAUCCCCUUCCCUGCUUCCCCCCAUCCCCUCCCCCCCCAUUCCCCUCCCUGCUUCCCCCCAUCCCCUUCCCUGCUACUUCCCAUCCCUCCCCCUGCUUCCCCCCAUCCCCUUCCCUGCUUCCCCCCAUCCCCUUCCCUGCCUCACCCCAUCCCCUCCCCUGCUUCCCCCCAUCCCCUUCCCUGCUUCCCCCCAUCACCUUCCCUGCUUCCCCCCAUCCCCUCCCCUGCUUCCCCCCAUCCUCCUCCCUGUUUCCCCCCAUCCCCUUCCCUUCUUCCCCCCAUCCCCUCCCCUGCUUCCUCCCAUCCCCUUCCCUGCUUCCCCCCAUCCCCUUCCCUGCUUCCCCCCAUCCCCCUCCCUGUUUCCCCUCAUCCCCUUCCCUGCUUCCCCCCAUCCCCUUCCCUGCUUUCCCCCAUCCCCUGCCCUGCUUCCCCCCAUCCCCUUCCCUCCUUCCUCCCAUCCCCUUCCCUGCUUCCCCCCAUCCCCUUCCCUGCUUCCCCCCAUCUCCUUCCCUGCUUCCCCCCAUCUCCUUCCCUGCUUCCCCCCAUCUCCUUCCCUGCUUCCCCCCAUCCCCUUCCCUCCUUCCUCCCAUCCCCUUCCCUGCUUCCCCCCAUCCCCUUCCCUGCUUCCCCCCAUCUCCUUCCCUGCUUACCCCCAUCCCCUCCCCUGCUUCCUCCCAUCACUCUCAAUCUCCUUCCUCCUGCACUCACUCUCUCAGUCCUCUCGCACUCUCUCUCUCUCCGUCCUCUCGCAUUCGCACUCUCCUUCCCGCCACCCUCAGCCCUCCUUCCCCUCACCCUCUCUCCUGUUCCCACCUGCCCUCCCCAUCCCCGCCUUUCCCUCCCUGCCCUGCCCUUCCCUUCUCCAUCCCUUCUCAACCCUUCCCUUUCAUGUCAUGCCCUCCCCUUCCCCCUCACCUUCCGCCCUCUAGUUCCCAUGCAUGUGCACCCAUCACUGUCUCCCCAUACCAGUACAUGCUUUCAUCAUGUGCGCUUGCUUGUGUUCCCCUGCAGUUGUUCCCUUGGCACCUCACACCACCCCCCCCAUGUUCCGUCACACAAUUCUUUCUGCCUACUCCACUCCCCAAAUUUUCAGUGGUGA